GCCAAGAAAUGGAAAUUAAAGCAUCUAAUACCUUCCUUCCUUCAUCAUUUAUGCUCCUAAUAAAAUAAAUAUUUUAGCUUUUCUCCAUUCGUCACUCUCUCUUCUCGCGGUGUCAUCCACAUCCAUCGUGCUUUCUAUUUAUUGACCGAACCCUAAUAAAAAUCCAACGGAUUUUAGUUCCUUGCCCCGUUUACUUGUUUUGAUCUCGAUUCACAAGCCUUUCAGCUCGCAAUCAUGGAUGAAGAGUACGACGUGAUCGUGCUGGGAACUGGUCUCAAAGAAUGCAUUCUCAGCGGCCUUCUCUCCGUCGAUGGCCUCAAGGUCCUGCAUAUGGAUAGGAACGACUAUUACGGAGGAGAAUCUGCAUCCCUUAACCUUAUUCAGCAGCUCUGGAAGAGGUUCAGGGGAGCUGAUGCACCUCCAGCAAGCUUAGGCUCAAGUAGGGAUUAUAAUGUGGACAUGAUCCCCAAGUUUAUGAUGGCUAAUGGUGUUCUUGUACGAGUACUCAUUCACACUGAUGUCACAAAGUAUCUGUCCUUCAAAGCUGUGGAUGGUGGUUUUGUCUAUAACAAACAAAAGGUUCACAAGGUGCCAGCAACUGACAUGGAGGCAUUGAAGUCUCCCUUGAUGGGUAUCUUUGAAAAGCGUCGAGCUCGCAAGUUUUUCAUUUAUGUCCAAGAUUAUAAUGAAUCUGAUCCCAAAACACACGAAGGGCUGGACUUGACUAGAGUGACCACCAAAGAAUUGAUUGCGAAAUAUGGUCUUGAUGAUAAUACCAUAGACUUCAUUGGUCAUGCUUUGGCGCUGCAUAGAGACGAUCGAUAUCUUAAUGAACCUGCUAUAGAUACAGUGAAGAGAAUGAAGCUGUAUGCCGAGUCUCUUGCUCGUUUUCAAGGCGGAUCCCCUUAUAUUUACCCCUUGUAUGGAUUAGGAGAGUUGCCACAGGCAUUUGCACGGCUGAGUGCAGUCUAUGGUGGCACAUAUAUGUUGAACAAACCUGAAUGCAAGGUAGAGUUCGAUGGUGAAGGCAAAGUUGUUGGCGUCACCUCAGAAGGAGAAACUGCUAAGUGCAAGAAAGUGGUUUGUGAUCCGUCCUACUUGCCAGGAAAGGUUAGGAAGGUCGGGAAAGUUGCCAGGGCAAUUGCCAUCAUGAGCCACCCAAUUCCCAACACCAAUGACUCUCACUCAGUGCAGGUUAUUCUUCCACAAAAGCAGUUGGGUCGCAAAUCAGACAUGUACCUUUUCUGCUGCUCUUACUCGCACAAUGUUGCUCCAAAGGGGAAAUUCAUCGCCUUCGUAUCAACUGAGGCUGAGACAGAUAACCCACAGGUGGAGUUGAAGCCAGGGAUUGACCUUCUUGGUCCAGUUGAUGAAAUAUUCUUCGAGAACUACGAUAGAUACGAACCAGUCAACGAGCCAUCUCUGGACAAUUGUUUCAUAUCUGCAAGUUAUGAUGCCACGACACACUUCGAAUCGACCGUCACUGAUGUCCUUAACAUGUACACAAUGAUAACUGGAAAGAAUCUUGACCUGAGCGUGGAUUUGAGUGCUGCCAGCGCUGCCGAAGAGUAUUGAAGCUGCUCGGCCUCUCUUCCCUGCAUCACUCAGCCUCGUGCUCCCCAGCUGUUUUGGAGUUGGUUUAAAACUUUUGUGUGUCAGAUCGCUAUCAUAGUGAGAUUGAGUUACAGUUAUCGUCAGGAAACUGAACUUAUAUGUGUUACAAAUGCCAAGUGUAGAAAACAAUGUUUGUUCUUCCUCAGGAGAGGCUGGUUUGUGGCUUUUCCUGGGAAAGUUCUCAGUGUUCCUGUGUGAUAAUUUGGUUUCCCCUUUUGUCAGUUGCUGUGCAUUGCUUACUUCACUACAAGCUAAAAAAUGUCCAUUUCAGGCUGUGCUUCAGUGUUAUGCCAGUUGGUUCGUUGUCACCGUGUUGGAUUGAAGACUCAGUUUUCUCAUUUAUCAGCUGCCUACUUCUCUUGGUACAACAAGAAAAGUAAAGAACUGAAAAACUUAUUUUAUUAAGACUGGGAUUUUGUUCUCUGUUCCAGUUUACAUUACAUCAGCAUCUUCAUCAGGAUCUCGAGUCUGUCUUCUAGAUUUUUAGUUACCGGUGGUGGAACCAAUCGACUGAUCGCCAAAAGACGGUGGUGGAUGCUGCUGCUGUUGCUGUCCUUUCCCGAACCACGACUCGACGGCUCCCUUCAGUUUUCCGGCAACGCCGCCGACUUCAAGAACGCUUGCAGAGCUAUCCUCCACCGCCGCCGCCGCCUCCUCCCUUUUCCUAUCGUCGUCGGCAGUUUCACCCAGCCGCAUCUUCACUUCCUCCGUCUCCGUCACUCUCCCCAUCGGCUUGCUUUCUUCUUCACCAGCAUUAUCCGCCUUCCGCCGCCACGGCAGCGAUUCGGAGAUCGCAUCCGAAAGCGCCUUGUCGUCCUCCGUCGGCUUCAAUUUCUCCACCAGAUAGUCCUUCACCGAAACCCCCUUGUCCUGCUGCCCCUUCCGUUCACCUUCCGAUUCCGCCACGACGACGUCCCUCGCACCACCGCCUCCGCCGUGAACUUUGGCCAUCACCGUGUUCCCCGCCGAGGCCACCGUCGAGGUGACCGUCUCGUAGACGGGAGUCAGCUUCUCCGUCACCGUCGCCGCAACUUUCUUCCCGUAUUCCACCGGAGAUGCCAAAUUGGAAGCUGCUCCAGCGUCCGGCUGGUGGUGGCGCUGCUCCCCUGUGGUGUUGCUGCCGUAUCCCAGCUUCGAUGCGACAACGUUUUUGGCGGAGAUCGCCUUGUCGGCAAUCGCGGCGGUAGCCGAUGAGAUUUUGUCGGAAUAGCUGCUCUGAUUGUGAUCCGUCCCGCCGCUCAGUUUAUCUUCGUGUUUGGCACUCUCGAAGUUGCUGAUCGGCUGCGGACGAGUUCCCUCCGGCGAGAACUGGUUGUGGCUUCCGGUGGGCAGAGCGGAUGCCACGUCAUCACGGGUUCUCCUUCGUAAACCAUGAUCCUCAUUCCUUCCUUCGUCCGAGAUAUGAGCUUUCUCCAACGAUUCAAGCACGGUCAAGGGAAUCCCCGCUUCCUCGCCUCCGGCGUCGGUUCGAUCGAAGGUUUUAGUCUGGUGAUUGGAAGGGGAAGAAACGGGGCCUGAGCUACCCUUUGGGGCAUGAGGAUCCUGUUCUAAGCCACCAGUAAUUACUUCAUCCAUGGUGAUUUGAGGGUGGCCUCUGUCCUCCUCUCGCCGUGCAACGAAAGCCCUUGCAGCUGGUUCAGUAGCUUUGGGAUGCUCAGUCUUCAUUGGAGUAGUACUUAUGGUAACGGGACUAUUGAACGGAGAAAAAGGCUCUUCCUUUAUAUCAGCAAGCUUCCUCCCCUGUCCUCCCCUGUUUUCCCCUGCCUCCAAAGGGCCUCCCCUGUUUUCCCCUGUUGCCUCCGAAGGGGUCAUCUUCAUCGGAUCCGCCGCGGAGUAACCGCCGUCGUAGUAAUCCGGUUGCAUUGACGACUUCCCGGCCACCCCGCUUCCGAGACCCGCCGCGACUGUAGCUGAUGCUCCAUGGAUGGCCGGAUCUUGGAUCAUUUCCUCGUCAACGUCAUCGUCUUCUUCCUCGUCGAGAUCAUGAUCGUCGGGGGUAUUGUGGUGAUCGUGAUGACCGUGUACUUUCAGAGUGUCCUUCACUUUCUUCGCCUUCUGCUUGACCUUCUUCAGCACCGAUUUCACCCCGCCGUGGUGGUGAUGCUCCUCGCCGGUGCUGCCUUCCGCCCCAGUAGUAGUGUGGAGGACGCCGGCAUCGUGAGGCUCCAGCUCGUGGUGGUGCUGCUGAUGGUCGUAAUGCGGGCGAUCUAGUUGGGUGUUCAUGAUGUCUGUAGAGAUUAGAUUGCUGUGUGAAGAUGGCGCGAAAAUGGACUGAAGAGAAGGUGGUUUCGUCGACUUCUUUUAUAGAAUGGGCGCUAGUGGGC